UGGCGCGCGACUGCUGUACGUAACACGCAGUUCAGUAAAAAUAAACACGCGCGUCACUUGUUUUUAUAAAGAAAGAACUCUACUCGCUUACAUUAAAAGUGUUUUUAAGGACAAUGGCGUCAUAUCAAAGAACAAAAGCCUAUUUGGUUGAGCUAAUCAGUAAAAACGAGUGCAUUUACAACCCAAAAGACAAAAACUACAGGAACAAACCAGUAAAAACCAUGCUGUGGGAUGAUAUUGCCGCAAAGCUGAAUAUAGACAGUAGUAAAGCACGAGAGAUGUGGCGAUCUUUGCGCGACGGCUACAUCAGACACAAGAAAGCUUUGAAAUUGAAAGGCCCAAAGGCAUCCCAGUACUACUCCUGGGCCGACAAGCUCUCGUUCCUGGAUAUUGCCAUAGAAGGCUCUAAAGAUAUAGAAUUCGUCGACGAGUUUCCACCCCAGCAAUCGUGCACGCAGAACUCAUUCUUCUCUGAAGAGGUUUAUUCUAAAAUCAACCUGGAUUCGCCUACUCAGCAGGUAGAUUUAGCCGACCAAUGCGAGGCAGAAUCGGGAGCGUCUUCUCCGAUCCAAGAUCAUACACAAUCUAUGCCUAGCUACGUGUACAGAGAGGAAGUACCUAAGUCCAGGAAACGAGCAGCAACAGUAGAUCCUAUGGAUAAAAUCAUCGACUACCUCAAAAGUAAGAAGAAGAAAGAGCAGGAUGCGGUGGACCUCCUCUUCAUGAGCUACUCGACAACGUUCAAGAGUUUUUCAGCGAGGACGCAAGCGAACUUGAAAGUGACGUUAGCAAAGGCUUUCUCUGAUGCUGAGUUGAGUGAAUUGGAUAUGAAAUCAAAUAAUGGUUAAGGAAAUUUCCGUUAUGUUUAUGUAAAACUUGUAAUUACUGUUUCUCUUAAUUUUUAUUGCUUUAGUCAUACAUUAGCAAGAUGUCUGAUCUUAAGCACAAUAAUAAUGUUUAUUCCCAGUUGU